GUGUUGGCCUUGCAAUGAAACGGUGUCGUUGCAACGCUUCUCUCUCGAUUCGAGUUCACAGAGGAAGAGCUGAGAAGAGCCCUAGGAAACCAAAAACCCCAAUUUGAGCACAUUUAAUGGCGAUUGCACGAACCGGAGUUUACGUCGAUGACUAUUUGGAAUACGCAAGCACUUUGCCCGCUGAGCUCCAGAGACUCCUCAACACGGUUCGAGAACUCGACGAACGCUCCCAGUCUAUGAUAAACCAGACGAAGCAGCAAACCAAGUACUGUUUGGGAUUGUCUUCACAGAGCUCAAAGAAAGGGAAUAAUAACAAUUACAACAGUUAUAACAAUAAUAAUUAUAAUAAUCACUAUAGCAAUAACAAUGAAGAUGAUGAUGCUACCAUUGAGAAAAUGCGAAAGGAUAUUGAGGUUAAUCAGGACAAUGCAUUGAAUCUUUGUACUGAGAAGGUUCUAUUGGCUCAGCAAGCUUAUGAUCUGAUAGAUAGUCAUGUGAAACGACUUGAUGAGGAUCUAACCCAUUUUGCAGAAGAUCUAAAGCAAGAAGGAAAAAUAGGACCUGAUGAGCCAGCUAUUCUUCCCCCAUUGCCUAUAGUCCCGAAGAUUGAAAAACGCAAGAAUGUACAAUAUGGAACACCUCAAUCAAAGAGGUUUGAUUACAGAGAAAGAGAUUGGGAUCGAGAGCGUGAUAGGGAUUUUGAGCUCAUGCCUCCUCCAGGAAGCCAUAAGAAGGACUUUGCCCCCCCUGUUGAUACAGAGCAACCCAUUGAUCCUAAUGAACCCACUUACUGUGUUUGCCAUCAGGUAUCUUUUGGAGACAUGAUUGCCUGUGACAAUGAAAAUUGCCAAGGAGGCGAAUGGUUUCAUUACGCUUGUGUCGGGCUGACACCAGAGACAAGAUUCAAGGGAAAGUGGUACUGUCCAACAUGCAGAUCACAACCCAUGUAUUAAUAAUUGUAUGUUUCAUGUUUCUUGUUCAUUGUUGUUAUUCCACUCUUUUUUUGUAUUAUGAUAAAAACACAUCAAGUUGAGGGAUUCUAGGUGAUAUGGUAUAUCAUAUGAUUCUUACA